AAGUCUAGAUCUAAAGGCCACUGCAUCUAGGUUCACACUCCCUGAGAUAUUACAAACUCUCCUCAUCCGGCCUGACCUCCUGGAGCCCCAAUUCGUCUCUGCUGUCUACAUGGAUGACAUUCAGAUUGGGAGAUUCAACAACAGAAAAGAGCUUCCAGACUGAUGCAGCAUGCACCAUGGGGGGAUAAGCAGGAGCCAGAGUACUGGAAGCAGGAGACACGGGACAUUCUGAGACUAACAGACUUCUCCAAGGACACACUGAAGAAAAUGCUUCACAUCUAUAAUCAAAGUGAAACUGGUAAUCACACAAUCCAGAUCUUGAUGGCCUGCGAUGUACUGCCUGGAGGGAACCUCAGUAAUGGACAAUUUGAAUUAAUCUUCAAUGGCUGUAAUUACUUUAUGCUGGAGGAAGACCUGAGCACUUGGACUGCAGUUGGCAAGGCAGCUGAGAUCCUGAGGCAAGAGUGGGAAGAGUCAGGAUUUGCAAAAUAUCUGAAGACUGCCUGGCAGAUUAAUUGUGUGCAGAUGCUCCUCUCUCACCUGGAAUAUGGGAAGGAGAUUUUGCUGAGAACAGACACCCUGAAAAUACAUGUGAUCCAUAAGGUCUGAGCUGAUGGGAAAAUCACUCCAAGGUUCUGGGCCAUUGUCGCGCCCGCCUCGACCAGCAAGGAAGACGCAAC